AUGGAGCGGUGGAAGAAAAUGCUGCCAAGCGUGUGGUUGAAGGUCAGCGCGUACAUCAGGCAGUACUGCAAGAGGAACGGCCUCCUGACGCUGUCCGUCUUUGCUGUGGUGACGGGCUGCGCUCUGGGAUUCCUCUUGAGGUCGCUGAACCUGUCGACACAGGCCAAGAUCUACUUCUCUUUCCCUGGGGAGCUGCUGAUGAGGAUGUUGAAGAUGCUAAUUCUGCCUCUCAUCACAUCCAGUCUCAUGUCUGGUCUGUCAGCCAUGGACACGAAGGCCAGCGGCCGGCUGGGUGUCCUGACCAUCACUUACUACCUAUGGACAACUUUCAUCGCCGUCAUCGUGGGCAUCGUGCUCGUUCUCAUUAUCCACCCGGGGGUGGGCACGGAGAAGGACAGCCACCACGCCAGCUCGGGGCCUGUGAUGACUUCGGCUGAUGCUCUGCUGGACCUCAUCAGGAACAUGAUCCCUUCCAAUCUAAUUGAAGCAACCUUCCAACAGUACCGAACGGACCUAGUGCCCAUCGUGCAGAGUUCCAACGGCAAGGAAUCACAAGCCAAUUACGUCUACGUCAUGCCCGACUAUCACAAUCCCCGCCUGGGUCACCCAGUCUUUCUGGACAUCACCCCAGCGCCGGACAUCAACUACAAAAUCGUGCCCAGUACCAGCAAGGGCAUGAACGUACUGGGGAUCGUCAUCUUCUCUGCCACCAUGGGGCUGCUCCUGGGAAAGAUGGGCGAACGUGGAGCGCCGCUGGUCAAUGUGUGCCAGUGCAUCAACGAGUGCGUCAUGAAGAUCAUUAACGCGGCCAUGUGGUAUUUCCCCUUUGGCAUUGUGUUCCUGGUGGCAGGGAAGAUCCUGGACAUGCACGAUCCAGCCCACCUGGGAGAAAAACUGGGCAUGUACUUCAUCACGGUCCUGUCCGGCCUGUUCGUGCACGGCCUCAUCUUGCUGCCCCUCUUCUACUUCUUCUUCACGCGCAAAAACCCAUUUCCCUUCAUCAGGGGCCUCCUACAGGCUCUGGUCAUCGCCUUGGCCACGUCUUCAAGCUCGGCCACUUUGCCAAUCACCAUGAAGUGUCUACUGGAGAACUGUGGCGUGGACCGUCAGAUCGCUCGCUUCGUGUUGCCCGUGGGAGCCACCAUCAACAUGGACGGAACGGCCCUGUAUGAGGCGGUGGCUGCCAUUUUCAUCGCUCAAGUCAACGAAUACGACUUGGACUUCGGUCAGCUGGUCACCAUAAGCAUCACGGCGACAGCAGCGAGCAUCGGCGCGGCUGGAAUACCUCAAGCUGGUCUGGUUACCAUGGUGAUCGUCCUGACCUCUGUGGGCUUACCGCCUGCGGACAUCUCUCUGAUUGUGGCCAUCGAUUGGGUUCUCGAUCGCUUCAGGACGAUGAUAAACGUCCUCGGCGAUGCCUUAGCAGCCGGUAUCAUGGCACACGUAUGCAGGAAAGACUUUGAGAAAGCCGCCGCCACAACGGGGGUCGCCUUAGAUGUCAUCGCCCCCACCAUCGUCAAUAAUGGAGGAUCAUCAAAACGGAGAGACACGGUGAUCUCCGUAGGCAACCAGAGCGUGACGCUAUCCGACGCACCCCUGAUCGCGCACCGCUGUGAUUUUAUGUUUGAGGUGGAUGGCGACAACAUCUUGGAGAAACCAGUGGCCUGCUACAACUUAUGCCAAGUUUGAGCCAGCCUUGCACGGACGAACACUAAGCACUCAGAUUACCGAGAAACCAAAAAGGGAACCCGCGUUAAACUCAGGAUGCAGCUUUUCAGUUCCUUUGCCAGUGCCAAGACAAAAAAAAAAAAAACUUCACGACUGGAUGUACAUCGUGCUCUAGCCUUAACAUGAUCGGUCGUGCUGAGAUGGCAGCGGCUCAUGAACGUCACAUUGGACUCACAAGCGCUUUCAAACUGUAUCUUCAUUUGAUGAGCAUCGGUUCAGCUCAAGGGCACUUCAACAUGGUCAUGAUGGCCAGGGAUUGGAACCCCAACCUCCGGGUUGAGAGAUGAGCGCUCGACAACUGGAGCCAUGCCACCCCAACAUUGUCAAUUCAACCUCAUGUAUAGAUGAAACAAACAAAAACAAAGCAAUUAUAUCGAGGAGUUAAGUCUUUUUUUUUAUACCAAUGUCAUUUUUGUGUGUGUGUGCGCGCUUGUUUUCCAAUUAAAAGUUGGUUCACUCCACCAGUCUAAUUUAUUUAUUUUGGGUCUGUUUUGCGGGUACAGCUAACUUAGAUGAAGCUGUUACUAUCAGAUGCCCACUUGAAAAUAGGCGAAAGUGCUUUUUAAAGCAAAAACAGAUGCUCGCAAGCAUUUGAAUAAACGCACCGAGGGUCUGCUUGUGUAUGGAUGUACAAACAUACAUACAUGCACACCCACACAUCUCUGGCGUCGGGCAGAAUCUUGAAAGCUCCAAAAUCGUCACUUUUCAGGAGAACCCAAACAGCUGGAAUAUUUGAUCAUUGCAUGUGAAACAG